AUUUUUUUUGGGGGGCGAUGCCGUGCUGCCCUCAGCCAUCCCCCCGUGCCCAGGUGAACCAGGGGAACAUGCCUGGCAUCCAGAGCACCUUCCUGGCCAUGGACACGGAGGAGGGCGUGGAGGUGGUGUGGAACGAGCUGCUCUUCACCGACAAAAAGGCCUUCAAAGCUCACGAGAUGGCCGUGCUGGAGAUCCAGACCAACGGGGACACGCGGGUGUCGGAGGAGGCGAUCGCGAGAGCGCGGCACUCCCUGGACGAUCCCAACAUGAGGGAGUUCAUCCUGUCCUGCCUCACCCUGAACCCCGACAGGCGCCCGAGCGCCAACAGCCUCCUGUUCCACCGCGUGCUCUUCGAGGUGCACUCGCUGAAGCUGCUGGCAGCUCACUGCUUCAUCAACCACCAGUAUCUGAUGCCCGAGAACGUGGUGGAGGAGAAGAUCAAGGAGCUGGACCUGAACAUGGUGAUGGCCGAGAUCCGCAGGGAGGGCCGGCCCGGGGCACAGUGGAGGUACUCCGAGGUUUCCUUCCUGGAGCUCGACAAGUUCCUGGAGGACGUCAGGUGGGCUUCAGGGGAUGGAAUCAUCUCCUGUUCCCUCCUGUGUCCAUUCCAGGAAUGGGAUGUGGCUGAGCCUCUGGCCUUGCAGGUGGUGCAGAUGCAGUGCAGCAUGGAGCUGAACGAGGACAAGAGCCAGUGGCACCUCACGCUGCUGCUCAUCCUGGAGGACAAACUGCACCGACAGCUCAGCUACGACCUGCUGCCCACUGACAACUCCAAGGAUUUGGCCACGGAGCUGGUGCAUUAUGGAUUCAUCCACGAGGACGACUGUGAGAAGCUGGCCACGUUCCUGGAGAGCGCCUUCCACAAGCACCGCUCCCAAAGCCUGUGAGCCCCCGUUCCCAGGGCAUCCCAAAGGGCUCCUGAGCCACCGAAGUGCAGCAGGACUCACCUGGCCGGGCCUUGGGCCCGCGGGGAUUUGCCCAAUCCGUGCUCUGGGAAGGCAGCAGCUGAAGGAGGAGCCGGCAAACCCCAGGAACUGCAUCCCGGGACUUUGGGAAUCGUGGUCCCUGCUCCCAGGGGAGGUGUGGGGCACUGGGCAGCUCCCCCCCAGCAGCCCCUUCCCACCGGGGUUUGUGGAGCUGCUGCAGGAGCCCCAUGGGAUCCUUUUCCCUCUGGGAAUAAUUGACUUUUCAAAGCU